CCACCACCAUCACCACCACCACUACCAGCACCACCAUCACCACCAUCACCACCACCACUACCAUCACCAUCACUACCAUCACUGCCACCACCACCAUCACCACCACCACCGCCACCACCACCAUCACCACUACCAUCACCACCACCACAACCACUACCACCAUCUCUACCACUACCAUCACCACCACCAUCACUACCACCAUCACCACCACCACCACCAUCACCACCACCAUCACCACUACCAUCACCACCACUACCACCAUCACCACCACCACCAACAUCACCACCAUCACUGCCACCACCACCAUCACCACCACCACCACCACCAUCACCACUACCAUCACCACCACCACAACCACUACCACCAUCUCUACCACCACCAUCACCACCACCAUCACCACUACCACCACCACCACCACCACCACUACCACCAUCACCACCACCACCACCAUCACCACCAUCACUGCCACCACCACCAUCACCACUACCAUUACCACCACCGUUACCACCAUCACUGCCACCACCACCAUUACCACCACCACCACCACCACCAUCACCACCAUCACUGCCACCACCACCAUCACCACCACCACCACCACCAUCACCACUACCAUCACCACCACCACAACCACUACCACCAUCUCUACCACCACCAUCACCACCACCAUCACCACUACCACCACCACCACCACCACCACUACCACCAUCACCACCACCACCACCAUCACCACCAUCACUGCCACCACCACCAUCACCACUACCAUUACCACCACCGUUACCACCAUCACUGCCACCACCACCAUUACUACCACCACCACCACCAUCACCACUACCAUCACCACCACCACAACCACUACCACCAUCUCUACCACCACUAUCACCACCACCAUCACCACUACCACCACCACCACCACCACCACCACCAUCACCACCACCACCACCAUCACCACCAUCACUGCCACCACCACCAUCACCACUACCAUUACCACCACCGUUACCACCAUCACUGCCACCACCACCAUUACCACCACCACCACCACCACCACAACCACUACCACCAUCUCUACCACCACCAUCACCACCACCAUCACCACCACCAUCACCAUCACCACCACCACCACUACCACCAUCACCACCACCACCACCAUCACCACUACCAUUACCACCACCGUUACCACCAUCACUGCCACCACCACCAUUACCACCACCACCACCACCA